AUGAAUGUCAAAGCGUUUGGCAAGAUCUCUGAGAGGCAGGCCAACAGGCAAGUUUGGCGCACCAGACCCCUCGAGGACCCGCCGGCCACUGACAUGAGCAAUAACGACGAACUUGGGGGGUGUGGACGGCUGGCUCAGCGUGUGGGGGAUCUGGUGGUAAAGAUCAUCACGUUGGCGAAAAAAGAAGUGAAGAUGCUGCUGUCUCUGGUUCUCCUUCAGCUGUUAAUAGCCCCGGCACUUAUGGUACCUAGUGGGGACUACUGGGACUCAUGGGGGCCUUAUGGAGAGUGCAGCCGCAGCUGUGGCAGCGGCGUGACCACGAGAACAAGGCGCUGCAUCACUCAGAGGACCGAUGGAGGAAACAACUGCGUGGGCCCGAACAAGUCGUACCGUUCCUGUAACAUCCAGGACUGCCCAGAGGGGUCCCGGGAUUUCCGAGAGGAGCAGUGCUCUGAGUUUGAUGGAACCAACUUCCAGGGGAAACUCUACAAGUGGCUGCCCUACUACGGAGCUGAGAACCCAUGUGAGCUGAACUGCAUGCCGAGGGGGGAGAACUUCUACUACCGCCACCGCAGCGCCGUGGCUGACGGUACGCCCUGCCACCCCGGCCGAAGGGACAUCUGUGUGGAUGGAGUCUGUAAGCGACUGGGCUGUGAUAACAUGUUGGAGUCAGCUCAGCAGGAAGACCCUUGCCUACAGUGUGGGGGCAAUGGACAGUCCUGCCAAGUCGUCAGAAACAGCUUCUCUGUGCGCAACCUGCCUACAGGCUACAACCAGAUGUUCAUCAUCCCUGCUGGAGCCACUACCAUCAGCAUUAGAGAAACAAAUCCCACCAGAAACUAUCUUGCUAUCAAGAACCUGCGGGGAGAGUACUACCUCAAUGGUCACUUUGUGAUUGAGUUUUCCCGAGCCACGCCCAUCGCGGGCACCAUGUUGUACUACCAGCGAGGUGCUGAGGGGGACAACGUCCCAGAGACCAUCAUUGGCCGUGGCCCCACCACCGAACCCCUCGUCUUAGAGCUGAUUAGCCAGGAGCCCAACCAAGGGGUGGAGUAUGAAUACUACCUGCCCAAUGGACGCUCCAGAGAGGGAUACUACUGGAGCUUUGGCUCCUGGUCUGCCUGCAGCAAAGAAUGCGGAUCAGGGUACCAGUCUCGCUUGGUCUUCUGCGCCAUUGAUAAUGAGGCCUACCCAGACUACAUCUGUGCCGCUCUGCCAAGGCCUCUGAGCAACCGGACCUGCAACCCCCAUCCAUGCCCCCAGACCCGCAGCUGGAACACGGGUGAGUGGAACGCCUGCUCCGUCCAGUGCGGCGGGGGGUCGCAGGUCCGCAGCGUGCAGUGUGUCUCCCACGACGCCUCCGGACCCCGCGUGGUGGAGGACGCCGUCUGCGCCGCUUACUCCGAAGCGCCUCCAUCCUUGCAGACGUGCAACAUGCAGAGGUGUGCCGAGUACCGCGUGGCAGCAUGGACCCAGUGCUCAGUUACUUGUGGCUCCGGGGAAAGGACCCGGGAAGUUACCUGCGUGGGUUCAGGAGGCGUGAAGCUGGAGGAGACUGCCUGUAGCGCUUUGAUCCGCCCGGCAUCCAUCCAGCCCUGUGAGAUGGCCCUCUGCUCAAGGCACAUCAGCUGGCACGUCGGUGACUGGGGACUGUGCUCUGAGAGCUGUGGCUCCGGGCUGCGGGAACGCCAGGUCAUCUGCUCGGACAGGGAGAUGAACCUGUACUCAGUGGACCAGUGCAACGCCCACCCCAAACCCUCCACAGUCGAGAACUGUAACACCCAGCCGUGCCACCACCCCCAAGUGGUUCCCAGCGUCCAGAACCCAAGGGGACACGACAACACCCAGACGGGAUUCCAGCCACAUGUGCCAGACCACGCGACAGUCGGCAGGCCAGACACAGUUGACCGGACCCAGACAAACACGGUCCAUGACCCCCACAGCUUCGCCCCGGCCCUCCACUGCAGCCAGUCCAUUUAUGGUUGCUGUCCAGACGGACGCACCUCUGCCAGGGGCCCCCAGGACCAGGGUUGCCCGCAGGACCCUGCCCCGUCAUGCACACAGACCAGUUACGGCUGCUGCCAGGACGGUGCGACUGCUGCCCAGGGCCCCAACAAGGAGGGCUGUCAGGAAUAUGUGGACCCUUCGACCGAUGCCGCCCCCUCUCUUCCCACUGAGAAUGCUGUGCAGUGCCGCACCACCACUUACGGCUGCUGCUAUGACCGCACCACACCAGCAGGAGGACCCAGCGGGGAAGCCUGUCCCAGUCCUCCCAGCCACAUCGAACGCUCCACCUGCUCACUGCCCCGUGCCGCCGGCUCCUGCAGCACCUGGACCACGCGCUACCACUAUGACGUCAUCACCUCCAAGUGCGUGCACUUCUGGUAUGGAGGUUGCCACGGCAACAACAACAACUUCAUGAGCCGUGCAGAGUGUCAGAGGGCAUGCCCCACUCCUGUGCCCAGUCAGCGGGCCCCGGGAUCGGUUGAUUCUGCUGGCCGGGCCACUUCCAGAGGCUCUGCCGGGUCUGGAAGGGCCACAUCUGGAGGAGGGUCCAGAGCAGGGGGAUCCACAUCCAGCCAAGGUCGCGACAUGGGGAGGGUUUUCACUGUCCAGGGUGGAUCAGCGCCCAGCAGCAGGCAGGGCAUCAGUGCUGCAACCCACGCCCAUAGGGCUAGGAUCCACAUGCGUGGCCGCCGGCCCUCCCCCGCCGCCGCUGCCCAGCACACCGCCCCGGCAGCGAGUUUGACCUUGGAAGGCGUGACCAUCGACAAGAAAGACCCCUCCACGGUGGAGGCGCUGGUGGGGCAGACGGUGGUCCUGCCCUGCAGAGUCAGCCCUCCUCCGUCUUCAACCGUGGUAGUGGAAUGGAGGAGAGACGGGGAGCCUCUCUCCACCCGCAGGCAUCACCGGCAGCCCAACGGUUCACUGCUUGUUGGCCCUCUCACCAAGCUGGACUCCGGCUGGUUCCUGUGUGUGGCCACACGUGAGCGUGAGAGGGACCAUCGCUACAUCUACCUGUCUGUCUCAGAAGGACUGUCUCAGUUUGUCCAAACCACACCGCUUCCUGGAGAUGGACCCUCCUCCAAGUUCAGCAUCGAGCGGUCGGGCUCGUCUCUGCUGGAGAUGAGGGCAGGACAAACCGCCCGGUUGCCCUGUCAGAUUGUCCCUCCCUCAGCUCUCCUGUCUGUCAACAUCCGCUGGACCAGAGACGGACAGAGCCUCACUGACCCCAGAUUUACCCAGCACUCGGACGGAGCGCUGACCAUUGGCCAGCUGAGGUCAGAUGACUCGGGGGUCUACACCUGCACAGCCUCCACCCACCAUCAGCUGGAGCAGAGGCAGCUGCAGCUCAGAGUUCUGGCGGACCUGAGGAUCACCACAGCACCAAACAACAUCCUUGUCUCUCAGGGCAGCACCGCCAUGCUCCCCUGCGUGGUGUCUGGAGAGAACGUCAACGUGGGCUGGUCCAGAAACGGUAUACCGGUGCGCCCGGAUGGCAGCACCGUCUUCCUGUCCUCUGACGGCAGUCUGAUCCUGAACGACGUGCAGCCGGCCGAUGAGGGCACCUACACCUGCAACGCCUACACCGGCAUCUACUCCGUCAGCGCCACAGCCGAAGUGAGGGUCAUCAAGGAAACCCAUCCGGGUUCGGACGUGCCUCCGGAGUGCGUGGACCAGCCUGAGCUCGCCAACUGUGAGCUGAUCGUGUUUGCCCGGCUGUGCACCAACUCGUACUACUCCAGCUUCUGCUGCGCCAGCUGCACCAGGCACUCCCUGAAGAGCGACAGGCGGGGCCAGCUGGGCUAG